AUGGUGAAAGCAGUCGUCGCUGGUGCCUCUGGCGGUAUUGGCCAGCCUCUGUCGCUUCUUCUGAAGGCUUCGCCGCUCAUUGACGAGCUCGCUCUCUACGAUGUCGUCAACACGCCUGGCGUCGCUACUGACUUGUCCCACAUCUCUUCGCCUGCCAAAACCACCGGCUACCUGCCCAAGGACGAUGGCAUGAAGAAGGCCUUCACGGGUGCCGAUAUCGUCGUCAUUCCGGCUGGAAUUCCCCGCAAGCCUGGCAUGACCCGUGACGACCUCUUCAAGAUCAACGCCGGUAUCGUGCGCGAUCUCAUCCAGGGCGUCGCAGAGAACGCCCCUGAUGCCUUCAUCCUUGUCAUCUCCAACCCCGUCAACUCCACCGUGCCCAUUGCCGCCGAGGUGCUGAAGCGCGCGGGCAAGUUCAACCCCAAGAAGCUCUUCGGCGUCACCACCCUCGAUGUCGUCCGUGCCCAGACCUUCGUUGCCGACAUUAUCGGCGAGAAGAACCCCCAGAACCUGGCCAUUCCCGUUGUCGGUGGCCACUCUGGCGAGACCAUCGUCCCGCUCUUCACCCAGGCCCAGCCCAGCGUUAACAUUCCUGCUGAUAAGCUCGAUGCUCUCGUCAACCGUGUCCAGUUCGGCGGUGACGAGGUUGUGAAGGCCAAGGAUGGUGCCGGAUCUGCCACUCUUUCCAUGGCUUUUGCCGGCUUCCGUUUCGCCGAGAAGAUCCUCCAGGCCGUCAAGGGUCAGAGCGGGAUCAUUGAGCCCACUUUCGUCUACCUCCCCGGUGUCGAGGGCGGUGAUGCCAUUGCCAAGGUGACCGGCACCGAAUUCUUCGCUGCCCCGGUCGAGCUCGGCCCCGAUGGUGCCAAGAGGAUCAUCGAUGUGGUUAGCAAGGCCAAUGACUACGAGAAGAAGCUGCUCGAGGUCGCGUACAAGGGUCUCAAGACCAACAUCGACAAGGGCGUCGAGUUUGUCGUCAACCCUCCUCCCAAGUGA